GCUUUACCUAACCGCGUUACACAAACUUGACGUUAUGUCAGUCGAUCAGAACGGAACGGAGUUGUCUUUCGGUGUGAUUAAGGAUAUUUUAGGCGACCCAUCUGGGUUCUCAUUGGCGAAGCUAAAGGCAACUGCGGAGUCUACUGAUUUAAAAGAUAAGAAAAGCUUGAUCGAUGUUGCUUUAAGGGGGCGUAUGCUGCGUCUUCUGGCAUCUGACUUUAUGGAUGAUGUGAAAACAUUGUUGAAAAUGGGAGUUGCAGCCGCACUUGCGAAUUUGUGCUCUGCACCCACUCCUUUUCUCCUUUUUUCUGAUGUUUUUAACACUAAGCCAAUAUCAGUUUGUGAAGAAAUGUUUGGAUUUAUGGAAGAAACUAUUAUCACGCUCAAGGAUGUACCCUUGUUUGGCUCUGGAAGAAACACAUUACUUAGAAUGUGCAAUGAUUUACUUCGGCGUCUAUCGAAGUCACAAAAUACUGUGUUUUGUGGCCAGAUCCAACUUUUUCUAACUCGUUUGUUUCCGUUAGAUGAAAAGUCUGGUCUUAAUUUUAUGAGCAACUUUAAUUCAGAAAAGGAUAUUUUGUAUAAUAAGAAUCCAGAUCCCAAUGUUUUCAAACACCAAUUUUCUCACGAACAUACGUAUGAUGAAUUAGAAGAAGGUGAAAUGACUGAUUCAGCGGCUCCCUUGGAAGUAGAUGCUGGUCUAUACGUCAAGUUUUGGUCACUCCAAGAGUUCUUUAGGUCACCGGUAUUGUGCUACGAAAAAUCCAAGUGGCUCAGAUUUACAAGCAGUACGGAUACCGUGCUAGAUGUAUUUUCAAGCAUUAAACUGAUGGCUACGGAAGAGUGCGACGUUUGUCCGCAUAGCAGCAGCAGGAAAUUUUCAAAGUACCUUACAAGUGAAAAGCUGUUGGAUUUACAACUGAUGGAUCCAAGUUUCCGACGAUAUAUACUUGUUCAGCUGUUAAUCCUUUUCCAGUAUUUGACAACUACAGUUAAAUUUAAAACAAUGGAUCAAGUGCUCAGUGAAGAUCAACAGGCGUGGGUUAACCAAAGACAAGAAGUAGUGUUACGACUCCUGUCUUCCAAUAGUUCAAAUACGUCUUCGGGUGGUACAUUUGUAUCUACAGUUGAACACAUUCUCGAACGUGAAAGCCAUUGGAAUAGAUGGAAGAAUGACGGGUGCCCUUCUUUCAUACGGAGUACUGAGAAAUCUCGAUUGUCUUCUAGGAAAAGACAUAUUAAUCCUUUGAUUACCCGUGCUGGUCAGAAAGUGUAUCGUUUUGGUAAUCGGGAACUAGAUAAACUAUGGAAUGUGUGUCCAGACAAUCUAGCUGCAUGUCGAGAUCAGCGUCGUGUUUUUAAUCCAGAUCUUCAUUCCUACUUUCGAGAAGCUAUGAUGGAAAUGGACCCAGCUGAAAAGGUCGAGGAGGAAUACAAAUCGAUUAAUAAAGAUGAGUGGAGUUGGCGCGCUCUUCGUUUUCUUGCCAGAAAAUGUCCACACUUUUAUAUCAAUUGGAACCCUCCUGGACGGCCCGUGAAGGAUUACUUAUCCGUCAUCCUGACUGAGAAAAUUCAGUCUGAAGAGGAAAAGAAAAAUUCUACUGUCGGUACUUCUGAUUGUGAAAACCAUCGAGGCUCCGAUGGUAGUACAAUCGACUCUAUACCCAACAAACAACCUAGACUGGACGAUUCAACUGAGUCAACAACUCUAGAUUCUCCAAUAAAAUCUUCUGUAUUACCACAUAUUCAAUCAGCUCCAAAUGAAUAUCAAACACAAGAAAAUAAAAAUAAAACUCAAAAGAAUAAAUCAUCAAUAAUGUGUGGCAGUCCAAUGAGAACUCGAUAUCGUGAUACACUAACUGCUGAUGUGUCUGACAAACCUCUACCCAUUCUUCACUACAACGGAGAUUGCUGAAAACGGGAGUAACUUUGGGAGAAAGGCGUUGUUUUAUUGACUUAUUUUCAGAUUUCUCGCUAGCUGCUAAAAAACAGUGAGUGAAAUUGAAUCGAAUUCAGAGGAUGAAAAUGACACUGGUGAUGCAGAUGAAGAUGCUGAUAAUGACCUUGAAUCAGAUCCUGCCACUGAAUAACUAAUCAAUUAUGUACAAGCGAAAUAAAUAUUUCUUAUCAAAAAAUGCUGUUAAGAAUGUAUAUUAUUGUGUGUGUAUAUCUUUGUAAAGUAAAAUUUAUACUUAGUCUAUUCUUAACUGUUCUUUUAGUUUAUAACAUAUGUGUAUGUGUAACUGAAGCAAUUGUGAAUUAUUUCUUCAUGAAUAUUUAAUAAAUGUGUAUAUUUUCGACCAGUAAUGUUUUUCUUUUGUCUGCUUGAUCUUGAAGUUUGUGGACGGAUGAAGUGUUUGUUGGUUUUUAAUAGCUAAAGAUGCGUGAAUUGCAACAAUUCACAGAUAUGAUUUUAGAACACUAUUUUAUCAUAAUUAGUGGAAUAAACGUAGGUCAAAAUAUUCCAUCAUUGGGUUCGGUCAUGAACAUAUUUCGAGUUCGUAGUGCUUCAUCCAAAUUCUUUUGUAUGUUGUAACGUUUUUCGACCAGCUAACAAAGUAUACUCUAGUACAAUAUGCUGUUCUUUUGAUUACUUAAGGACUGUAGGAAAAUCCUAGACAGGCAGCUAAUAUCAUUGGGCGAAUAACUGAAUUGUGAUGGAUAGUGUCAAGAUGGUAUCAUAUUUGUCGAUAAGGCGGUUCUCUAUGGUGACUAAUAUCUCCAGCAAUACUACCUUCUAAUUUCACUUAUUCUUCUUCUUCACUUCGCGGGAUUUGUAUUUAUCCUCAUCGGUUUCUUGAGAAAACGAUCAAUACUCUCUUAAAACCAGCAUUUCUUUAAACAUGGUUCUUUCUUUUUGCGCCGAUGUUGUACCCUGUUUUUUUCUUACAAUUAAUAAGUAGUACUUUUAUAAAGGUUUAUCGUGUAGUGCCUUCAAUGUUGAAAGUAUUAAUUGAUCUUACACGUUCCUAUUCAUCGUCAACUAUAAUCUUUUCAUCUGUUUUCGCUAUCUGUUGUCACUUACAGUAUUAUCUACUCAACUUCCAAGUAUGGUAAGGGCUCAAAAUCUUUAGGUAAUUCUUUUAGUCUUCUAGAAGUUUUGUUUCUAUUGAAUUUCUGAACCUGGCACUAAUAGUUGGGUUUGAUUUUUAAAAGACUCAAGA